CUUUCAGUCGCUGAUUUGACCGCCAAACAAACGCAACGCAGCUCGGCUGGUUUUUCAAAACGCCUCGAAAAAAAGGCCAAAACGCGCUCUUCGGUCCACAGAAAUCAACAACAGCAACAACAAUAACAGCCGCCUCUGGCAGCAACCAAAUCCAACAAUAACAAAAUAAAGCAAUUACAUGUAGUUGAUUUGUUUUCCUUUUUUUUCAAAGUUCUAUCCAGCAAAUAGUUGACACUUUUUUUUCGGUUACCAAAAAAAAAAUAAAAAUAAAACAAACAACAAACAACAUACAAAAAGAAAAUUAUAAAGCAUAUUAAAAUACUUAUGGCAAAGUUUUGAAUACCCAAAACAAAAGCAACAACAAAAAAUAGUCAAACAAAAAUAAGCAAAGUAAGUCGAACUUGCGCAACAAAAAAGUUUGCCACUAAAAAGCAAUAGCAGUCAAGUGCAACAACAACAGCAGGAGCAACAACAACAGUAACUAGGGGAGUCGCCACAAGAACAACAUGGGAAAAAAGAGCUCCAAGUUGAAACAGGAUACCAUUGAUCGCUUAACAACGGACACAUACUUCACAGAGAAAGAAAUACGUCAAUGGCACAAAGGAUUCCUGAAAGACUGUCCCAACGGCCUGCUCACAGAGCAAGGCUUCAUCAAAAUCUACAAACAAUUCUUUCCACAAGGCGAUCCUAGUAAAUUUGCAUCGCUUGUCUUUCGCGUCUUCGAUGAGAACAAUGAUGGCUCCAUUGAGUUUGAGGAGUUCAUACGCGCCUUAUCCGUCACAUCGAAGGGCAACCUGGACGAAAAACUGCAGUGGGCCUUCCGUCUAUAUGAUGUGGACAACGAUGGCUACAUAACACGCGAGGAAAUGUACAACAUAGUGGAUGCAAUCUAUCAGAUGGUGGGACAGCAACCGCAAUCGGAGGACGAAAAUACGCCGCAGAAACGAGUGGACAAGAUCUUCGAUCAGAUGGAUAAAAAUCACGAUGGCAAAUUAACAUUAGAAGAAUUUCGUGAGGGUAGUAAAGCUGAUCCACGUAUAGUUCAGGCGUUAAGUUUAGGUGGUGGUUAAAUCGAUUAACAAAAACCGAUUAACGAUAACAGACCCAGAAUUCCAAUUCCACAAAAACCAAGCGCGCAAUAACCCGAACAAACCGAUAUUGAAAUUUGAUCAAAACCCGCUAAAAACCAAAAGAAAAAAAUUAGUGGGGAGGGGAGGUCGGUACGGUGCCACGCCCACUCCCCUUCGUUUGCAUUCGCUUCUUCUUUCUGCAAUUUCUCUUCUCUCUACGCUUUUCUCAAUUCCCAAUUCUCGAUUCUCCGCGCGUCGCUUGCGACACUGAAGAUGAUAAUAAUUUUUUGAUAUAUGCAUAAAGUAUAAAAUAAAGGAGAUGGAAAACCAAAUAAACGAACCGAAAACGAAAAUGAAAUUAAUUUUUAAAUAUACACCAGAAUAUAAAUAUAUAGGAAAUCGUGGCGUAGUCAGAGCGCAGUUCAUAGCAAUAAUGAAAAAAGAAAACAAAAAAAAAAACAAAUACUAAUUUUAAAUCAAAUCGAGAGGCGUGAGGCGCAAAUCAAUUUUUGAAGCAUACACCAAUUACGAGUAAACUAAUUAAACCUACGAAUAAAUCAGCAUAAUUAUACUAUACAAUUAAACGAUACAAUUAGAGCCGAACUAAGCCGACGAAUCAACUGCGCAGCCUUCUAAGCAAAAGCUAACGAAAAAGCGAGUUAUCUAAACUCGAUCCCAGUCAGCUAAUUCCACUCACGACAGCCAACAGCAGCCACUAUAUCCACACCUACUAUAUAUACAUAUAGAUACAUGUAUGAAUCUGAGACGUGGCCGCAGACAGGACGAACAGAGUUUAGAGGGGGUCAAACAGGAGAGGGGAGCUGGCCCAAAAAGGGGUGGCUUAAAUAAAGUCACCAGCAGGUCCAACGACUGGCUGAUACCCCUUGAUUAUGGUUACAUUCAUUUGGAAGGAACUUUAUAGCCAAUUUUUUCUUGUACGUUGAUUUUUCUUCUCGUGAAAGUUGGAAGGACAAAAUUAAAAUAUAUAAAAACCUAAAAUAAUUGGCAUUAAUUGCGACAUUUGACAAACUAUAUACUAUUUUUCUGAUAUUUCUAACCAUUUUACUUUGAUAUAUCACACAAAACGCCUAUGUAUAUUUUUGGCUGUGUCGACUUUUAAAUUUUGGCAAUCCCUAAGUAAAGUUCUUGUAAGUAUAAAUAUAGUUUUAAAAUUUCUGGUGUAAAUCAAAUUUAAUUCAAAUAAUAAAAUUUUUUCUGUAUUAAAUUGAUAUUUUGAUAUCUAAAAUUCAGACAUUAAAUGAGAUUUCUUCUCGAUACACGUCAUAAGAGAAAAGGAUUUUCAGACAAGUCUGAGUCCUAGCUCGAUACAGCGCGUUUCAUAGCCCAAGACAGUGCGUUUCAUGACCUGCAGACUAGAUAUUGCUUAGACAAAUAGCUUUUAGGCUUAAUUUUGUAAACCAUUUGCUGUCGCAACCAGCUGCCUUACAGUCUUGAAACGCAACUUGUUACAUCAGUUAACCAGCUCCCUUUGAUAAAGAGAAUGCAUCUGCAGAUGAACUUUUGCCAUAAUCCAAGCAGCAGCGAUAACAAAAAGUGUGGCAUACCCAACAGGCGCAGGAAAAAGUGUUUGCUUUCGUUUGCUCUCUCUCUCUCUCUCUCUCUCUCUCUCUUUCCACCUCUAUCUCUAUCUCUUUCCCUCUCUAACUCUCUAUCAGUAUUUCCUGCUUUGCCUUGUUUUCCGUUAAGCGUUAUAUGUACGUUAUACGUUCCCAACAACAAUAACCAAACCAUUUACAAUAACAACAAGAACAACACGAACAUAUUGACAAUAGGCGAAGCAGGAUGAGCAGAAUGAGCAGGAUGAGCAGGAGGAGAUCCGAAGGUCUUGAAAAGAGUGCCCAGAAAUAGCUGCGAAAUUAAGCCAUUAAUAAAUGAUAAACUAAUCAAAAAACGCACAGCUACAACCAGAGCCACAUCAACAGCCAGAACAUGAACAUAUAUAUAUACACAUAUGUAUAUCCUCGAGAAGGAGCAGCAGCAGUUGCUGAACAAGGAAGUUGGAGCAGCUAGGAUAUAUACGAGUAUAUAACAAUGAAACAAAUCCAUCAUACGAUUUAAUUUCUAUUCUAUAUGCGGUUCAGCUUUAUUAUUGCAUUGAUUUUUCAAUAAACCAGUUAACCGUUUUACUAUUCCGAUGACUAUCUAUAAAUACGAAUCCCACGUUUUCUCACGCCACCCCCAUCUUUAGUAUCCUUUGUGUAAUCUAGAUGUGGGAGAUCUUGGCCUCCCCGAAAACAUGAACACUCACCCAAAACACCCAUACUGUAUAUCUAUAUAGUGCCUAUGUAGUAGUAAUUCUUAUAAUUUCGCCUGCUUUGCCUUCUUUGAAAACAUUCCGAAUUGACCGAUUUACGUUUAUCUUUUCCUAUGCUUUCCAUGUCUUUAAGCACCGAUCUAAAAGAAUAAACACGAUAAAAAUUUAAGAAUAAUGCCAUGCAACCUUAACACUUACCCCAAAAACACCGACACACACACACACACACGCACACAUAUAGCCACAUGUAUGUGUAUAUAUAUAUAUAUAUGCCUAAACUUAUAUAUACCCUAUAUAGUAAGCACUGCAAUCGAAAGCAAGUUAAGGAACUAUAAAAAACCGAAAACCAAAAAACGAAUACAAAAACGCUUCUAUAAACCUCACUGAAAUUCUUCAAAGAAAAAAAACCGAAAGAUAUGACACACUCAAACGCAUACUGACACGCUCACACCCAUACACACACUUGUACGAGUAUAUUAACAAUAAACGUAAUGCGAAAACUUAAUCAAUAAUUAAAUAAUUCGAAAGUGAUAUAGCUGACAAAACAAAUGUGUCUGUAGUCUAGUAGUUAAAAGAAAUUGAGUAAAACGAAACGAAAUGGAAAACAAUUUAUAAAUAAUAUUAACUAAUCUAUUAUAUGACAGAGGAAAUGGGAGGCGACGAGGAAAGCGCAACGCAAUUUUCACGUUGACUUUUUUUUUUGUAAGGAGACGCGUAACAGCUGAAGCGAAAAUAAGCAAAUCAAACUGUAAAUAACACUAAGUGAAUCACGCACACCACAACACAACACACUCAUACACACACGCGCAUACCCACUCACACACUGACAGAAAGAGGAGUACCGAAUAAGUUUGUUAACACCAAAAUAUAACGGGUCUUAAGUAACAAAAAACGAAAACAAAAACAAAAAGAAAAUAACACGAAAAACGCAAGAAAAUAUGAAAAAAAUAAAACAGUAAGUUAGAGCAAGGAAUUUUUUUUGUGGAUUGAAUUGGAUGGGUUUGAAACGAAUCAAGUCAAUUGUAAUAGCCGACAAAACGAAUACGAAAAUUAUUGAAUAUUUAUAUUAAUUUACAAUGGGCCGGUGAGUUAAGCUUUUACCGGAAAAAAAAGCAGAUGAAGUCGAAGAUGAGUUUCUUUCCACCGCCGUUGACAAACCACACGAAUGUCAAGUUAAAUGUUUCACAAGCAAUAUUUUACAUACUUAUACAUGCAUUAUAUACAUAUAUAUAUAUGGGUAAAUAUAUAUAAAUAAAUAUACGAUAAUAAAUAUAUACAUAACUUAUAUACACACUCCGCAAUAAAGAGUCGACGGCAAAUUAGAAAUAAUAAUAAAAUAUUGCAUAACAGAAACACAGAUAUCCAAGCGAAAUGUCUGAUAAUGCGAAAAUAAACUUAAAAGCCAGAAGAUAGCAAGAUGAAGAUUAUAAAACAUUUUUAGUGAUAUUCUUUAGCAAACUUGAAUCUGAUUUCUUUGCUAAGAACGAAACGAAAUGUAUAAAGUCAAGAAGAAGAAUUCAAAAACCAAAAAUAUAACGAAACCAACAAUUAAAGCAAAGUGCGUAUAUUUUACAAAAAAACAAAAGCUAAAAAAGAAACGAACAAAUUUUGUUCUCCCAUUUACCUUGGCUCGACUUUCCGUUCAUUUGUUAUCUCCUUUGUACUACUCUAUUUACCGUUAUUUAUCAUCAUUAUUAUUCCGAUUAUUCCGAUUGUUAUUAUUAUGAUUAUAUGGCAACGUCGACGAUUACGAUUAUUGUGUAAACACAUGCAAAAACUUAUAAGAAAACAAAAAAAAAACGAAAACUUUAUAGAACAUACAAAUGAAAAUCAAAUUCUUUUACCAAGGAAAAAUACUUAAUUAUUUUUUUUAAGUAAUCGCCUAAGGGGGAAUGGAAAAUUUAUCUUGUUACUGUCAGAAAAUAUUACUUACUUCAAAUAAAAAUUUUAAAGCGAG